AUGGAAAUAACACGCUUGAUCAGUAAUGGUAAUCCAAAUUCAAUAAAAAAACAAAGACAUUCGCAAUUAUUAUCUCAUAUCAAUACAUCGGCUACUUUACACCAUUCUCAUAAAGAGCAACUUAAGACGACAUCUCAAAUACAAACACAGCAGCAAUCUCCAACACAUGUUCAUCAUCAUCAACAUAAUAAUAAUAAUAAUCAUCAACAACAACAACAAUUACCUCGAAUUCUUUCACCCGUUCCACUUUCACAACAACCUUCACAUCCUUCACAUCCUUCACAUACCAUUUUAAUACCUUCCCCAAUACCAUUACAUCAUCAUCAUCAACAAUCAAUUCCAACUCCUCCUCAAUCUACUCAGAUUCCAUUAAUGGAUUUACAUCCUCCUCCUCCUCAAUCACAACAACAAUCACAAACUCCGACUCAUACUCCUCCAAAUCGUCGUAUUGCUCAUAUUUUAUCCGAACAAAAACGUCGUGAGAAUAUUAAUUCUGGUUUUGAAGAAUUAAAAAGUAUCGUACCAAGUUGUCGUGGAUGUGCUGAUUCGAAAGCUGUGAUAUUACGAAAAGGUAAAAAUUUGAAAAAUUACAAAUUAUAUUAA